ACCUCCUUUACCAUGGUCAAACGGUAGGAGUUUGCUAUUGGUUCAGGUGGGGCCGGAACAGAAAAACAGGUGGCCACGUGGCUCUUGCUUAACUCAAUCAAUAAUGGAGCUGACACGUUUAGGCGUGUUUGCUAUGCGUACACUUGGCGAGAUAGCGCAAACAUUUAGACAAGUUCCACGAUGUUACUUUCAACACCUGAUAAUUCCACCUCACCUGAAACGGAGAAACAGACCCCUUGAUUAUCAAUCUUCGAGAAUUCCAGAGCAUAUCAGAUCACCCGAAACGAAAGACAUGACCAUGGGGACGUCGACGGCGCAAGCUUACGGGGAGCCGCAGUACUGGGACGACCGCUACGCCAACGAAUCAGCACCCUUUGAUUGGUAUCAGAAGUACCCUUCCUUAGCACCCCUCAUCCGCCUCUACGUCCCACACAACCAUCAACGCAUCCUCGUCGUCGGCUGCGGCAACUCAGCAUUCAGUGAAGACAUGGUAGAUGAUGGAUACGAGGAUGUUGUGAAUGUAGAUAUAUCCUCUGUGGUCAUCAAAGCUAUGCAAAACAAGUACCAGAACCGUUCACAGCUAAAAUAUAUUGAAAUGGAUGUCAAAGAUAUGAGUGCUUUUGAAGCGGGUUCCUUUGAUGCUGUAAUUGAUAAAGGGACUCUGGAUUCUAUCUUGUGUGGUAGUAAUGGCCGCCACAAUUCCACUCAAAUGCUUGAGGAAAUUGGGAGGUAUAAUGAGCAUAAGACGAUACUACAAUUGUUUUGUAAAUUUUCAUUUAUGUUUUUGCUUGAUAUGUUCAUGACUAUAUAUUGAAGCAGUUGAUAACAAACUAUAGGGUGCUCAAGGAUGAAGGAGUCUAUAUUGUGGUAAUUAUGCUUCUCUUUAUUUCUCUGUAUGAGUAUGUGUUGCUUCAUACUUUUACCAUGCAUUCCCUCAAAAUCUUUUUAUUUGGUUCUAGAUGAUAGAUGUGAUGUGAUUCUGUUUUCAACUUGCUAUUUGUUUUUUCAUCUGAUACUAUUCUAAGCGCUGCAGAUAACAUACGGAGCUCCACAGUAUCGUCUCUCCUUGCUGAAACAACCAUCCUUAUGGAGCAUAAAAUUUCAUGUGAUAGGUUGACUAAAUUCUGAUUAUAUUAAUAUAUUGUUGACAGCAUUCCCAUUUUCUCUCUUUUAUUAGUUGAUAUAGUAUUGAUUAAAAGUCUCACCAGUUAAUCUUAAGGAGUUGUUCUUCUUUAUGCUUAUGGGUUAGUAGUAGUAAUAGCAAUGAGUUUUAGAUUUUGUUUUAAUCUCGUUGUCUAUCACAUGCAGAGAAAUUUGUAGCAGGAAGAAGCCCUGAGCAACCACCAAUAAGAGAGUUAACAGAUCCUGUUCCAUU